AUGACAUCUUUUCCGUUUUUUAUGACUCCUGAAUCAAUUAACAAAUUGGUGAUGCCUAAUUCAACAAGUAUAUCCUCUUCAUCAUCAUCUCCUUCAACUUCAACAUCUUUUACAAUUGAUACUUUGCUUUCGAAUCCAUUGGCAGCUCUUCCACAACUUCAAGCUCAGAACUUUCAAGAUCCUUUCGGUGGAUUGAGUAUUCCUUCUGGAGCAACUUCUCAAGCAAUGCCAUGGCAGUUUCAUGCAGCUUCUUACCCAUUUUUUUCUAUGCUUUGCUCUCCACUGAUGCCUCCUUUCAUGCCUCCAUACCAUCAUCAACACUAUGUCUCCAGAAGGAAACGACGACAUCGGACGAUAUUCAGUGAAGAACAAUUACAUAUUCUGGAGACAACAUUCUCAUCAACACACUAUCCAGAUGCAUCAACAAGAGAGGAAUUGGCAGUUCAGUGUUCACUAAAAGAAGAAAGAGUUGAGGUUUGGUUCAAAAACCGACGAGCAAAGGAGCGAAAACAGAAAAAAGACGACAGUCGGACAUCCAAACACAGCGAUGAAUCAGAAUGUGAUGAAAGUGAUGAAGAUUCGAGAAAAGUGAAACGAAUAAAAAGAGAGUCUUCGAUCGGAAAAGAAACGAGUUCUCCUGAAUCAAAAGCUUCCCUGAAAUCGUCGUCAAUUUGUGGAGAUAGUCGAGAAGUCAAAUCUGAAAACUUGUAA